CAGAGGAAAUCUAAAACCCAUAUACAGAGUAAAACCAUGAAAAGAAAGCAGCGAGACGACAACGGCGAUAACACCACGGCCUCCGGAGAAGACGCUGCCGUCGGAACCACCGCUCCGAACGGAAUGAGCGCCGAUAUAGUUUGGCAGACGCCAGCGAAUCCGCCGCAGAAGCAGGAUUACAUCUUUCACAACGGGAGACGCCAUGUGAGGCCGUACUACUUCGAGUUCAUUUCUCAUGUGAAGAAUAGAUGGGCGGGGAAAACGAUUGUGGAUUUGUUUGCGGACGAAUUCAAAGGCAGGCCGCGUGAAUAUUAUGUUAGUGCAGUCAAAUGUGGGAGGAUACAAGUUGAUGGCGAAUUCGUGCCAGUUUCUUAUGUUGUUAGAUCGUCCCAGAAGAUUAGCCAUUUCUUGCACAGGCAUGAACCACCGGUGAUGUCUUGGGACAUCGAGGUCCUUCAGAAAGAACCAGAUGUAGUUACAAUCUGCAAACCUGCAUCUGUUCCUGUGCAUCCAUGUGGCCAAUACCGGAAGAAUACAGUUGUGGGCAUCCUUCAAGCUGAGUAUGACUUGGCACCUCUAUUCCCUGUUCACCGACUGGAUCGUUUAGUUUCUGGAUUGCUCAUCUUAGCCAGAAAUGCUCCAAAAGCUGAUAUUUUCAGACAACAGAUUGAAGGUGGAAUGGUGAAGAAACAAUAUAUUGCUAAGGUUAUUGGUGUUUUCCCAGAGGAUGAGAUAGUUGUUGACGCCAACAUAAAUUAUAAUGCUAGAGAAGGAAGAAGCACAGCAGAGGAAGCAAAUGCUUCCGGUGAUAAUCACGUGAAGGGAAAGCCUGCUUGUACGAAGUUCACAAGAAUAUCUACCAACGGGACUCAUAGCCUCAUCCUGUGUGAACCAGUUACAGGGCGCACUCAUCAAAUACGAGUGCAUCUGCAGUACACUGGCCAUCCCAUAGCGAAUGACCCGCUUUACCUCUUUGAACACGGGAAUGAUCGCUCUGCCAAAGGAACAAAUGCUGAUGAACGGGUAAACUGCAACUUGGGCGAGAGGAAAAUAUCUCUGCCCAGCGAUUACGGGCACUCUAGCGAAGAUUUCAGCAUCGACCCAAUGUGCACCAAUUGCCCAAACUUGGUCCCAAAGGGGUACGAGGAACAUGACGAGGGACUGUGGCUACAUUGUGUUAGAUACUCCGGACCGGGAUGGACAUAUGAGUGUCCGUAUCCAGAUUGGGCGUCUCUUUAGAUCCUAAUGAAGAAUCCUCCUCUCUUCUUGGUUUGUGUCUAAUGGGGAUGAAACAGCUUUCAAGAUCAUCAACACCUAGUGUCGUGAGACAUUCAAUCAUGGUGAGUUGGAGUUGCAUAGAUGGGUGGGCCAUUAUGUGAGAGAGAGAGAGAGAGAGAGAGAGAGAGAGAGAGAGAGAGAGAGAGAGGAGAAGAUCAAGUUGAUAUGUUAGAUUCCUUCACUUUCCAGUCACUGAACACUGUUGAUGUUGCAGAAUCCAAGAUUCUCCACUCAUCCAACCUUUUGACUUGCGGGGAAGCGCUGAUUCAUUGUACGUUCUCUUCUAUUCAUAAUUUUUUUCUUCUCAUUAA